UAAACUAACGUAAACACGCACAGGUAUCGCGGGGAAAUUAAAUAAUGGCGUCUUCCCAGAUGACACGCGAGGGUAUUACCCUGAAAGGCAGCGCCGAGAUCGUUUCGGAGUUCUUCUUUUGUGGAAUCAAUAGUAUUUUAUACCAGCGUGGCAUUUAUCCCCCUGAAACCUUCACACGUAUCCAGAAAUAUGGGCUUACCCUCCUAGUCUCAACAGAUCCGGAGCUGAAGGACUACUUAAAUAGAGUGGUGGAGCAGCUUAAAGACUGGUUGCACAAAUGUCAGGUGCAAAAACUUGUUGUGGUAAUAACCAGCAUUGAUACCAAUGAAAUACUGGAACGCUGGCAAUUUGAUAUAGAGUGCGAUAAAACAGUCAAGGAUGACACUGUUAGAGAAAAGUCACAGAAGGUUAUCCAAGAAGAAAUCCGGUCUGUUAUCAGGCAGAUAACUGCCACAGUAACUUUCCUUCCAUUGCUGGAAACUGCCUGUGCGUUUGAUUUGCUGAUCUACACAGACAAAGACCUAGAGGUGCCAGAGAAGUGGGAAGAAUCCGGACCUCAGUUUGUUUCCAAUUCUGAAGAAGUCCGUCUCCGUUCGUUUACUACUACAAUUCACAAAGUCAACAGCACAGUGGCAUAUAAAAAGAUAGACUCUUAAAAUCAUAACUUGCUACUGUAUGGAUAGCUUCUUCCUUGCUUCGUUGUGUUCAAAAGUGCUGCAAGUACUUGUGAUCUGUGAUGCAUGGUUGGGUUUGUUGCACAUUCUCUGCCUAGUCUGUUCAGGGGGUCAUCGGUGAAUUGUUUUAUUCUUGAAUACCCAGCCUAUGUGAACAUUAGGAAUGGCAUUAGUAUAUGUAUCAUGCAUAAUAGAUCCCAAACCCUGCGACUGGUGAGAUUAGAAUUCAAACCUUUCUUGUUGCAGAAAUUCUUUCUCGAAGUGAUCUUUCCUUUAAUUUAGUCACUAGUAAAGAAUAAUGGGCUGCAUUUGUGGUCUCGGUGGUCAAAGUUCUUUGGUUUCGAUCAAACGUAUAUCAAACAGUUUACCUCCUACAUUCCCACCCUAUGUAUAAAUUCAUUAUAGACCAUUGUAGUUGUUACAAGCUCUUAUUAAUGUUUUCCUGUAUAUAUAAUUGGCGUUUUGUUAAAACAUUCUACAGAUGCUGUAAAACUAUCUGGUACGUGCAUUAUUUAACAUUACGUUCAAAUAUACAAUUAAACGUUCACAGAAA